AUGUCUUCGACAUUUAUUGUGGGUGGCACCCGUGGCUUAGGAGCCGAGUUGGUAAAGCAGUAUGCUUCCCAAGGCUCUGGUCAGGUCUUCGGCACAUCCCGUUCGAGUUCAAAGCCAGACGGAUUCCCGGAGAGUGUCAAGUGGCUGUCAAAUAUAGACUUGACAAAGUCCACUGUCGCAGAUGAGCUCACAGGGCAGCUAAAGGGAGAGAAGCCUCUCGACACCGUGAUCAUCGCUGCCGGCCGCUUCACAACAGAAGACUUCUUUGACAAGGGGCCGAAUUGGGAGGAAGAGGUCACCAUGUAUACGACAAGCUCUAUCGCACCCGUCUUUAUUGUCCACAAACUCGUGCACACGGGUCUGCUCAAGUCAGGAUCAAAGGUUGUCUUGGUAUCAAGCGAGUCUGGCAGCAUCACUCUUCGACAUGAAAGCGAGGGCGGCGGCAACUAUGCUCACCAUGCGUCCAAAGCGGCCCUUAAUAUGGUUGGCAAACUUUUGAGCCUCGAUCUCAAGGACAAGGGCAUUAUUAUCAGCAUCGUACAUCCUGCAUUCAUGAGAACGGAGAUGACCAAGGGCGUUGGUUUCGACAAGUACUGGGAUGACGCGGUGACGCCUGAUGAGUCUGCUAAGAGCCUCAUUGCUUGGACGGAGCAGCUUGAUAUUAGCAAGUCGGGAGAAUACUGGGCUCCACGUGGACCAGGCGACAUUGGCACCGCGGAGCCGGUGCUAGGAAAGGGCCUCUCGACUCCCUUGAAGUUGCCAUGGUAG